CAGAGCUUGUUUUUUAUGUAAAUCUUUUUAGUUUGUUGGAUCACCUCUUGUGUGAUGCAUUUAAGUACUUACAUCUCACGUUACCAAGUGUCAUAGCUUACGUAUUCGUGCUAAGCACUGCUCGUUUUUGUAACGCAAUAAAGUGGGUGUUUUCAUUUCUAAGCUGUGAGUUCAAUUGCUGUUUUGCAUUUUCUCGAAAGCUAUAAGAAUAUGCAUAUGCACCUAAUGAGCAGAUCAGUUGGUGCUUCUAACUGAGUACUCUAGGAGGCUAUUGUAAUCAAGGAGCAGCAAAGAAGGCUUUCAGUUUGUUGCAAGUGCAGUGCACAUAUAGUACAAGUAGUGCAUACAACCUUAUAAGUACCUACUUGCUCUUUUAGAAACAGUUUUUGCUUAUUGCCCCGAAAAAGUAAUUGUUGGUUGUGGAUCGACGUUCGCAGCUAAGCUCAAGAAGCAAUCAUGCCUCUUUUGUACUGCGUUGUUGCAAGGGGGAACACGGUGCUUGCCAAGCAUGCAGCCUGUGCUGGAAAUUUUGAGGAAGUUACUGAUCAAAUUCUUGCUAAAAUACCACCCCAGAAUGACAAGAUGACGUACACUCAAGGACCCUACUUGUUCCAUUACAGUAGUGAGGAUCAAAUAGUUUACAUGUGUAUAACAGAUGAUGAUUUUCAAAGAUCAAGAGCAUUCCUUUUUCUCAAUGAAGUCAAAAGAAGAUUCAAGACUAUGUAUGCUGAUGGUGCUUUGACAGCAUUACCUUAUGCCAUGAAUACUGAAUUUGGUAGAGUCUUAGCCAAUGAAAUGAAACACUACAGCGAAUCCAAGGACCUGGAUACAAUAUCCAAAGUUCAUGGAGAGUUGGAUGAAUUGAAAGAUAUCAUGGUUAAAAACAUUGAUAAUUUAGCUAUGAGAGGAGAGCGUCUAGAACUACUUGUGAACAAGACAGAAAAUCUUACCAACAGUUCUGUGAAUUUCAGAAAAUCCAGUCGCAACUUAGCCCGAUCGCUAUUUUGGAAAAGUGUUAAGAUGUACGUCAUUAUAGCUUUAGUUUUGAUCUUUGUUGUGUACAUGAUUCUCGCAUUCUUUUGUGGUGGACUAGGAUUAUCAAAAUGCGUGGCUAGUAAUUAAUUUUUUCCAUAGUCAUAUAGCGUCUCAUCAUUACAUCAAUUGCUUGCUGAUUUCGGUCGUGUUAAUCCAGUAUGGUAUAGAAACAUCAAUUACACAUGUAAAAGAAGUGAGAGCGAAUUUAAUUAUGUGAAAUUUUAUAUAAAGACGAAAAAAAAAAUUUGCGUAGCGUAAGAAAGAGGGAGAAAAAAUUGUAAAUAUGUUAUUUUAUGCGAAUUGUUAAUAAUAAUAAUGUAUUAAACGUCGGCUUAAGUUGGAGUGGGCACUAGUAUUGUUGUCAAAAAAGCUCGAAAAUUUUAAUUUUUACUCAUGAAUUCCUUAAAUUUUGAUUUAUUGAAAUUGAACUGAUUGAUUAUUAGUCUUUGAAAAACCUUAUUUAGCUAAAUGAAAUCAGUAUCUUUAUAUAUUUGUACGUAAUUAUUUUUAUUAUACUCUUGUAUUAAAAACGU